AUGGUAUGGUGUAAUACCAUCCUCCUGUUCGUUGCCCAAAUCCCAGGGAUUCUUUCAUUUGUUCCAAAUGUAUCGGAACAUGUGGACUUAAGUCCACAUUUUACCGAAAUUUAUCGCAAACAACCAACAGGAAGCAGGAUUGACUUUACUAGAAGACCUAAUUCAAUUUAUCAGAGUCAUGGCUCCGAGCUAACAGCCUCUAACCAACGAGGAAUUACAAACUCUCAUAAUUUCGGGGUUAAAUCUGGAUUAGACGACGAAAGUACUGGACCAGAGGAAUUAGAUGGGACUUUAAUACGUAACUUUUGUAUUAUAGCCCAUGUAGACCAUGGCAAAUCUACCUUGGCAGACAGAUUCUUGGAGUAUACCAAAGCAGUUCCAUCUGAUUCAAUCCAAGAACAAUAUUUGGAUAAUAUGGAAUUGGAAAGAGAGAGAGGGAUAACAAUCAAGCUUCAAACAGCCAUGAUAAAGUACAACUCCUCCAUUGAUGGAAAUACAUACCAACUCAACCUUAUAGAUACUCCAGGGCAUAUUGAUUUUAAUCACGAGGCUAGAAGAUCAAUAUCUGCUUGUGAAGGUGCUAUUCUGGUUGUUGACGGUACAAAAGGAAUCCAGGCACAAACUGUUACAACUGCAAAAAUCGCAAUUGAAAACAAUUUAAAGAUUAUACCAGUGAUUAAUAAAAUUGAUAUACCUCAUUGUGAUAUCGCAAAUACAACUUCAGACUUGAAAGAAAUAUUUGGUUUUAAAGAUGAUGAGAUUUUAAAGGUUUCUGCCAAAACGGGUAUUGGAAUAGAAGAAAUUUUGGAAACUAUUGUAAUGAGAAUUCCACCACCUAAGAUACACUUGGAUAAACCAUUUCGUGCCCUUGUUUUUGACAGCCACUAUGAUGUACACAAGGGAGUGGUUUGCUAUGUAAGGGUCGUUGAUGGAAAAUUAAAGAAGCUUGAUGAGAUAACCCUAAUUGGCACUGAUAUAGGUGGAAAAACUUCUUCUUUGGGUAUAUUGUUGCCAGAAAUGAAAGAAACAGAAUCAUUACAAUCUGGCCAGGUCGGUUGGAUUUCUGCAAAUAUAAAGGAGUCGUCCAAAAUACAAGUGGGUGACACAAUAUCAUUGAAGUCUGCUGUAAAAAGGGGUACAGUUGAACCUAUAAACAGGUUUGAAGACUCUAAACCUACCGUGUUUGCGGGAAUUUAUCCUACUGGUUCUACUGAUUAUAUUCAAUUAAGGGCGGCGUUGGAUAAGCUCAAAUUGAAUGAUCACUCCUUUAUAUAUGAACCAUGCGAAUCAAGCAUAGCUGGUCAAGGAUUCAAGUGCGGAUUUAAUGGGCUUUUACAUCUUGACAUUAUUGUCCAAAGGUUGGAAAGGGAAUACGGUGCAGAGGUUGUAAUAACUUCGCCUUCGGUGCCUUACAAAUGCACACUAGUUAAUGGUUCAGUAGUUGUUGUUCAUGAUGCGGUUCACUGGCCUGAAGAUUCUAGAAUAAAGUUUACUGAGGAGCCAUGGACGAACGUUACAGUUAGAGUGCCCGGCGAUACCAUUGGAAAAGUAAUGAAGUUACUGUCCAGACUACGUGGAGAAUUUGUAGAGAAAAGUGAGAUGGAGGGAACCAAUACAGUAGUGCUAAACUACAGAGUUCCACUCUCUGAAAUUAUUUCCGAGUUUUUUGAUAAGUUAAAGUCAUUAACAAAUGGAUACGGAUCUUUUGAUUAUCACGAUAUAUUUUACAAGGAGAUUGAAUUGUGUAAACUGAGAAUUCUUCUCAACGGGGAAGAAGCUCAUGGAUUAGCCACGAUAACACCUAGAGCUUCUGCUUAUGAUACGGGAAAGUUGUUGGUUGAGACUUUGUGUAAGAUAAUUCCCAAGAAACUUUUCAAGAUUCCAGUUCAGGCCUCGAUUGGCAAGCGUGUUAUAGCUUCUGGCAGUAUACCUGCGAUUAAAAAGAACGUCAUUGAAAAGUGCAGUGGAGGAGAUCCCUCCAGAAAGAGAAAGCUUUUGGAGAAUCAGGCAAAAGGCAAGAAAGUGAUGGCACAAGUAGGUAAUGUUAGCGUUCCAGCAGACGCCUACAAAGAGAUUCUCAAGGCACUACGACCAUGA